AAAGACGAAACCCUCAAAACACGGUGACGUGGUUCCUCGUUACGUGAACGGAAUGAGUAUUUACCGGUCGUGCGUCGGCAGUCACACUCUUGACCGGUUGACAGCGUCACGUUUAUCUGAACAGCUUUGGCACCUGAUGCUUUAGUUUAGCGGUAGACCGACAGGUCAUGGCUGUCAGCAGAGAGGUGGAGUCUGAGCCCCGGCUGUACGGCUGCGGCAGAGCCGCGUCCGCAGCGCUGACCCACCUCAUCUCUGUCAUCCUCACCGCCUUCAUGGCGUUUCUGAGUCGACCUGGAACAACCUGGUUUUCGUGGCAUCCGUUCCUCAUGACGCUGGCAUUUAGUUUCUUCAUGACACAAGCCAUCCUCCUCUUUUCUCCCCACGGAUCCCUCGUCCGAAGGUUUUCCCACAAAGCCAAAGGCCGCGUUCACUGGAUGCUGCAGGGUCUCGGCGCCCUGUGCGCCGUCACGGGCCUGACCGCCAUCUUUUACAACAAAGGGCUGAACGGAAAGCCCCACUUCACCUCCUGGCACGGUCUGCUGGGCCUGCUCACCGUGUGCGUGGCGGUCGCUCAGUCUCUGGCGGCCGUGCCCCUCAUUUACCACUCUCUGGCCAAAGGCUGGUCUCUCGCCAAACUCAAGCGCUACCACGCGGCGUCUGGACUCGUCGCCUACCUGCUCGGAAGCGGCAGCCUGCUCCUGGGGCUCUGCUCGACCUGGUUCACGGCCUCCGUCGGGGAACACACCUGGUACCUGGCGGCACUCGGUCCCGUCCUCAGUGCUCUUGUCAUAAUGAACCAAGUCUCCAAAUUGCAAAGGAGCUGAGAUUUUUCUCCAUAAACGUCUGAUUCAAGACUUCCAUGUUUGGAAAAAUCCUGCAGAAUCUUGAACUGAAUGAUACCUCAAACCUUUCUACCUUCCUUCACAUGUUUGAACACUGCUCUGAUGUCCUCCCCCCUUUGCAACAACAUCACGUUUUGUAAUAAAGAAAAGAUUCUUACUACCA